AAUAUUAUUUCUUACGAGUUCAGAGCAACUUUUCAAAUGUUAUAUAGGCAGGUAAGGUUUGCAUUUAACUAAUGUUUUAAUAGAAAGGAUAUAUGGUUGCUAGGUAUAUUUACCAACUUUUGUUCUUUGAUAUUGUAACAGGUUUUACAAAACAGAAACAGGGUUUAACGUAGAUUAAGUUGGCAACUUAGCUUGCCUGGUUUAUUAAACUGCCAGUUUAACAUUUGAGCAUACGUUCUAGUUGAAAGAAACCCACCCUCUUAUGAGAUUACCAAAUGUAAAGCUCACCGGGAACUGUAUUCUACCUCCAUUCUGGCUUUUACCAACCCAAAUGUUUCUGGAAUAUGUCCGGCGAGCGAGCGUCGUUGCCAUCCGGGGGAGGCGGCCUGCUUCGCGGAAGCAGAACAAGAUCUUAUGGCAGCUUAACUAGCUCUUCGCUUUCUCCGGUUCGCCAGAAAGUCAUUGAACACACAGUUAAACCAGGAGAGACCCUUCAGGGUCUGGCUUUAAAGUAUGGCGUGACUGUCGAGGUAAUCAAAAGAGCAAACAGACUGUACACCAACGACUCAAUAUUCCUGAAGAAAUCCUUGUCAAUCCCAGUCCUGUCAGACUUGAAUGACCACAGCAAUGGAGUAGAUUCGUCUGAGGAAGACCAUAAAGAAGGAAAGACAAACUGUGAUACAGAGGAUUAUAGAAAACCUGCAUCAGACCUUACUCCUGGAGAUUUUUUGAAAAGACUGGAUAACUUGAUCAGCCAGUCUAAGGAGGCUGCAGCCAGAGGAUGCAAAGAUGCAGAGAAACGUGUUGCAGCCGUAGAAGCCGCUUGCUCAAGCACAACUUCAGACUGGCGUCCCUUAACAAGGUCACAGAGUGUUAUUUCAUCAUCAAGAUUUCAGCAGCAAGCCCAACUUGGGGCAGUCCCCCUCACCACCACUAAGCUCACCAAGAAGCUGAAAGAAAGGGAAGAUGAGAUCUUUGAACUGUGACAUAAUUUUGUUUAAUGUCUUUCUGAUGAUUAAAAAACACUAGACACAUGGUGAAGGGACUAGACUGCAGGUCAAGACAUUUGCAGAAAGGUGAAAGGGCUCUACUAAUAGUGCUGCUGUGUAAAGUUUAAAAAUCCUUUUACUUAGUCAAUAACUAAAUUUUGUUGUAGAAAUGCAGUAAAAAUUGCACAUAUUUAUUUGUGGGAACCUACAGUUUGUAUGAAAACUCUUUUUUGUCUGUAACUGUUUGGCUUGUUCCUACAGAGAAUAGGGACAUGAGGAUUUUGUCACAUGAUGCUUCAGUCAUAUGUCUGCAUAUGGAAAUGCAGCAUUUUCCGCUCCUCAUCAUUUACCCAGGGAAUGCAAAUACUCAUUCACUGUAGCAGUAAGAGCAUAAACAGGUUGACACUGUAUGCUGCUAACACAAAAAAGAGACAAAUCACAGAAAUAUGUUUUUAGGAUAUUUUUGACAGCAUCUUUUAUUAUUUGCCAGGACUUUGUUUUUCAUUUUGUUAUUUUAUGUGAUUCAACGAUUAAUAAACUAAUAUUUGUUCCUGCAUUGCUGGAACAUUUACA